UGGUUCCAGCUUUAAAAUGCGCGCAGAUGGCGCAUUAAACAGCUGUGAAAAUUGGUGUGGGCCAAAACACCGGAAUUAUUAGUGUCUAUUUGUUGAUACUAGAUAAUUUUCGGGGAAGAAUAAAUGUCCGUCUCAAAACCCAAAGAUUGGAAGGAAUACAAUCGGAAAAAGAAAGAAUUGCGAAAACAAUGGAAAGAAGAGAAGAUAAUAAAGAAAGCUAGAAAAAUGGAACUAGAGAAAGAAUUGAACGAAACGAAGGAGUACGUGGAAGAUGCAAAGUAUGAACGUCCGGAUAUCUGCACAGUGAGUAUAGCGGUACCUGGAUCUAUUCUUGACAAUGCACAGUCUCCGGAGUUGCGGACGUAUUUAGCAGGGCAGAUCGCGCGUGCUGCAUGCAUUUAUAAUGUAGAUGAGAUCAUAGUAUUUGAUGACAAGGGCGAUGUCACAGAAGAUGAAAAGAGGAAGAUUAGGAAGGAUGAUGUGCUCGGCGAGGCCAGAAUUGGAUGUCUCCAAUUAGCCAGAAUAUUGCAGUAUAUGGAAUGUCCGCAAUAUCUGAGAAAAUAUUUCUUCCCAAUUCACAAAGAUCUACAAUAUGCAGGUGUUUUAAAUCCUUUAAAUGCACCGCAUCAUUUGAAACAAGAUGACAUUUCUCUGUACCGUGAAGGGAUAGUUACAAAUAAACCUAUAAAAGUAGGCAAAGGUUCUCAGGUAAAUGUCGGACUUGUGAAUGAUGUUCAUGUUGAUAAGGUGCUAAUACCUGGAUUGAGAGUGACUGUAAAAAUACCACCCAAUCAACCAAACUCUAAAAAAUUGAAUGGUAUCGUAGUACCACCCAAUGUACCACGUGCAGAAACUGGUACAUACUGGGGAUACACUGUCAAGUUAGCUAAAAAUCUAACAGAAGUAAUAACAAAUUGUCAGUGCAAAGAUGGAUAUGAUUUGAUAAUUGGGACAUCUGACAAGGGAACACUAAUUGACAAAAUAGAAGCAAAGAGUCUAGAGUAUCAUCAUUGCCUUAUAGUAUUUGGAGGUCUUGCUGGAUUAGAAGCAAUAGUUGAUGUGGAUCCAUAUUUGGACAUUGAUGACCCAUCGUUGAUGUUUCACAAAUAUUUGAACACAUGCCCUCAACAAGGAUCACAAACAAUCAGAACAGAAGAAGCAGUCCUUAUAACUUUAGCUGAACUAAGGACUAAAUUGGUAUCAAAAAAAAUUACUAGCUAAAGAAAUAAAUAAUAGUCGAGAUAAAUAGAUACAUAUUGUAUUUUAUCUCUAAAAUUAUGUUAGAUCUUGCCAUAGUAAUUGUAACUGUUAAAUCUUACUCUAUUAAUUAUAACCAUUAGAUUAUACCAUAUUAAUUAU